GCGGUUUUUCGAUAUAUCUCGUAAAUUAAACAAAAUAUAAAAAAAUGUUUCAUACGAAAGUUUUACAGUACCUAAAUGUACUUCGCGCUCGUUGUUAAAUAUUAAUUAAGCAGUGAUGUAUUGCAAUAUUGGUUUUAGUUGCGCUUUAUGUGCGUGGACGCACGGAGAGCGCGGCGCGCAUUAUUCGAAAACAUUUAUUAGGCCGGCCAAGGCCGAAAGCUCGGGAGCCCGUAUCCGGGGAAGUCGACGAGAGGAAGGCGUGCACCGCGCGCACGAAAGAGCCGUCUUCUUAUAAUCAUAAAUAUCGCGUAUAAAUGCAUAUAGCGCGAUGCUCCAUAAAUCCGAGUCCCCGUUUGCCGACCGAAAAACGGGUCUGCACGCUCUGCACCGCGAGAGAUAGGCGUAUGUAAUUAAACGUCCGCUGUCCCAAUCCGCAUUAUUAUUAGCAGCGACACACACGCCUGUGCCCUCGACUUUUCCAGCGAUUCUAGAGAUCCGUGAUUGUCGAAUGAGUCGUGUAACCCAAAGAUUUUCUCGAGCUCGUAGAGGUUCCUCACGGUCUCCUCGACAUUCGUGGGACGUGUUUGACGCGAUGCGGGCCUUCCUUUCACGUAACAAUAAAACCUCCGUGGCGACGGGAGGAGGAAGGAUGGGAAGAAGGCAUAAGGGGCCCCGCACGGGUAAACUCGCUGCCCGCGUGUCUACGCGCGCUCACGACGGGCUAACGAUAUUUAUUAUACGUCGGCGAUGAAUUAUGGGCCGUUAAGCCCGCCGUCGUGACGGGACGGGCCCUACGGCCCCGCGUAGCGAGCUGGCAUCGCCACUGCGCGCCAGUCCGGCCCGGAGGAAAAACGCGCGGGACGGCCGCGCCGCGCGGCGCGAAAUGAAAUAUUUAUUCCAUUUACGAGACGCGCACAGCCCGUAUUGUAAUGCGCUGAACCCCGCGCUGCGCUUUCGCGGUCCGCCGCCGUUCGUCGAGUUAUCGCGAUAUUGCGUCCGCGAAGGUGGCUGCUGCGAGAGUGGCUGUCUCUCCCUCCUCCCUGUCCGAUUAUCGCGCCACGAUUCGCCUCUCCCGUCUCGCUGUUGUUCAUUUUCGAAUCACCCUCGAAUUUUUCAUGAAUCACAUAAUCUAUGACAUAAUUAAUUGUAAAGUUUUUUUUUUUUUAUAAAUAUUGUUUGCUGUCUGUGGGGCAGCCGAAGUGCAAAAAGAAAAAAAAUCCGAGCAGCGUACGCACAGUGAUAAGACAAAUCGUUUGGUACAAAUAAAUACGUUAUUAGUAUUAUCAAAUAACUAUUUUAAUAUUUAAUUUAUUUAAAUCAAGUAAUGUUUUCUCAAGGAUUUAGAAUAUGUUUUGAAUAAAUUUCUUACUUAUGACGACCUUGCAAUAGAUUUGCGGAUAUACGAAGUUAUGAAUUAUUUAAAGUAAGUGAUACUUAUUUAAUUCAAGUACACAUUGUCCCACGUGUGCACAGAAGUUCAUUUUAAGUCAAUCUUAGUAAAUCUCGUUUCAAGUAAAUAAUGAGAUUCCAAGGCUAUUUCAUCAAGGAGAUAUUUUUUACAAAGAUAACUGUUACUUAAAAAAAAAAAAAGAAAAUUAAAAAAUGAGAAAUUGUUUUUCUUAGCACAAGAAAAAAUUUUUCUGUAUAUAAUCUUGUUAGUUUCUGUUUGACAAGAGAUCACCGACAAUUACACGAAGCAUGUGAAUUACUCGAAGCACAAGUCUAUACGUGGCCCCGCGAGGAACGAAGGGAGGCAAUGUCUCACGAUCGCGGGUCACUUUCGAGGCACCCUGGAACGGACGGUCCAGUUCGUGGAGCUCGGAUGGCCGCGAUGCUCCGCGCGGUUUCCGCGACGAGGAAAACCCCUCGAUGAGCUUUUCCGCUUCCUUCGCGGGUCGCUCUACUCGUGGGAAAGCGCGCGUAAGGACGACAAGACCGUUUAACAGGCCCCUGUAACGGGUAACGGUAACGGCGGUGGAGUCGCGGGGAAUCGCGAAAGAAAAGAAAAAAUCGCGCGCGCUUCAAGCCAUCGCGAGCGAGAACGCGCGCGCGUGGCUAAUGACGGAGAAACGGGACCCGCGUUGGUGUCCCGCGGUUAAUUUUCGAAAACCGGCUCCGGCGCGAGUCGCUUCCCGGCCGCGACGUACGCGCGGUUACGCCCGUCCCGUCGAAUAAUAUCCGCCGCCUCAAAGAGACGAUCCGCGGGAGAUGUAGCAAUUGAACCGUCCAGCUGGCUCUUUCUCCGCCUCGCUCGCCCUCGCGUAUAACGUCGACGGGCAUAAUUUAUUCCCGGGAUUCCCGAAAUUAAUGGCAUCUCGCGACGAGUCCCCCGCUCGGCUGGACGCUCACGGUUUUUAUAAUGGCGUAACGAGUUGCGCGCGGACUCGUCUCCAAUAAGAUAAUUAGAAGUCAAAUGUUAAUUUAAAUGAAUUAAUCAUGAUUAGGAGCCGGCCGAUGGGAUUUUUGUCCCUUCGGCGAUGCGGUCGUUAACCACGCGUGGCUUCGUGUGUGAGCGUGGCAUUCCUGAAAAUCCUUGCGCGAGGAUUUAUUGAUACGCUCAAUGCCGGCUUCCUCGUGCCGGAAUCAAUUGGAAUUGAUACUCGUUCUCGCGCCGCUUGACACUUGCGUAAUCGGCCAAGUGGUCGAGCCGCGACCACUGGGAAAUGUAUAUGAUCCCGCGUCGCGACGUGCGCGUAAAAAAAAAAAAAGUAAACUUCCCUGGCACUAAUCCGAUACGCCAGUUUACAUUCAGGUGACAUUCCGGAUCUAUCGGGAUUAAUCUAUUACGCAACGCGAUUAACUCACGACGGACGGAGAUAAACAGAAACGGGUUUCCGUUGCGCGCGAUCGAAACGUCGGGGAUUUGACGAAAGAAUUCAGUCGACAUCAUGGAGAGCCUGAGCGAAGGUGAUAAGGCUGUCUUGAAGACGAUAUUCGACCCGUUUCAGUCCGACUUUCCAGGCCUUCCGGUUUCCCAGGAAGUCGGAGAGACGACGGACGUCUUUGAGGAGGAUUGUUUAGAACAAAGUGUACUAGACAUCGUAAAAAAGGCAAUAAUCUGCGCGGAAGCAAAGAACUUCGAUGAAUCUUUUCAGCUUUUUGAUGAGGCAUUAAAGCAGAUACCUGAAUCACCGGCGAUCUUAAAUGACAGAGCGCAAGCGUUACGCCUGGCGAAUCGAGAUGAAGAGGCGUUGAAGGAUCUACAUUUAGCGGUGGAAUUAAGCGGAGGAAAAGGAAGAGCGGGCGUCCAGGCACUCUGUCAACGCGGCGCCCUUUACCGUUGGAUGGAGCAGGACGACAAGGCCAGAGAAGAUUUCACUCGUGCUGCCAAGGCUGGCUCGAGUUUCGCUAAAUCGCAACUAGUCGCUCUGAAUCCCUACGCGGCUAUGUGCAACGCGAUGCUGCGCAAGAUGACGCACAUUCACGACUAAUCGACUUUAAUUUAACGUGGGAUUAUAGGUCAAAAUAGUGACCACUUAAUAGAUACAUAACGUUUUAUUUUUAUUUCCAUGUAGAUAAAGUCACGAACGUCCACAAGACCUACAGAUCCUGAUAUAAUCAUAAAAGUAAUAAUAUAAUAAUAUAGUAAUAGUAAUAAUAAUAACAAUAAUCAUUGGAAAUUUCACAUAAAAAUAUAAAUUAUCUGUAUUAAACCCGGAAUAUAUAUCCAUUUGUAAAAUCGGGCCUAAUUUCUGCUAAAAAGGAACUCGCGCUAAAUCGCCAAACAACGAAGAAAACGUCAAGUUCUGUAUAUACCCGUAAAGAUUCCUUCUCUUCCAGCUAAAUCAGUUCUCCCUAGGUUCCAAGAUUUACAUCUAACAGAGAAAGAGAGAGAGACAGAGAGAACUCGGUGCGCAUUAAUUAACUACAUUGUCGGUAGACAUUGAUCGCAUUAAGAGAGAUUGAAGACUUCGAACAGUACCCAAAAUUUAUUCAACAGAAACUGAUAACGAAAUUACGCCUAAUAUGAUUUCCUCAUAUUACACACAUAUGCUCUUGUAUAGAUAUCUAUAUAUGUAUAGAAUAAAAUAUGCCUUAUAUCA